AUGAGCAAGCCGGACUUCAGCCACUUGAGCCUUACUGACAAGAACUGCAGCGCCUUCCACUCCUACAUGGAGCCCAAGGGCUACAAGCUGGGCGAGGCAAUUUACGAGUACGGCAAGAGCUGGAAGAGCUGGGGAAGAUGCAUCGUUUGUGAGGUCGAGUUCCCGGCCAACAUUGCAAGCCACGUUUGGGGCAAAGCCCACUGCAACAAGCUGAAGGAGAAGCUGAACUGGAUGGAGCCUCGCGAUCCAAACCACUUAAACCAGUUCACCCAAUACUGGAGACUUGAAGGCUAUCAGAAGCCAGGCUACUUCUUCAAUCACAUCACCGGCGACCAGGGCCUGUGCGACUUUGUCCCUGACGUUCCACCAUCGCAACCUGUGCCGCCGCCGAGCGCUGUGCCCAUGCCGAUGACCAACAUGCAAAACCAGGGAGUCCCAGCUCAGGUGUCUGGUCUGCAGCAGAACGGUCAAUACUGCAGCGACAGAGGGUGGCCUCUAGCCAAUCUGGUUAGUCUGAUCGAGCCUGUGCUCAUUAAUUUGCUCCAGAAUGUCGAGAGGUCUACCCCACCCGCUUGUGAGAUGUUGUGGUUGGAUGAUGUUUGUGGCUCACAAUGCUGGCAGCGUCAUGUCAUCACGAGGCCGGCAGCGGACGGCAUGCACGUCCCCCACAACCAAGGAUUUGCCAAGAACAUCCAGGCGCUGGAGCUGUGGAGAAUGCAGAUGGACGCUGACAAAACGGGAACUGCCAUGGAUCAGCAGCUGGAGAAGACGGGCCGAUACGAUCAUCAAUGUUGCGUCUGCCAGAAGGCGAUGACGCGGGGAGCUGCCGACCACUUGAAGUCCAAGGGCCACUGGCAACUUGGAGCCGAUUCAGACUUGGACUUGGUGCACCAUUCGCCUGACCAUGCUUUUCGGACCCUUUCGGGAUCGCUCAAGCUUUUCCACUCCAGGGCCGAGCUCUGGAAGAAGGUGGGCAAGAAUCUCCCAGGGCCCAAAGAUGCGGAGGAAAUGGACAAGCCCUGGUGGCAAGAGUUCGUGGUGCCGGAGGGCAAGUGCUUGCUCAACCACCUUACAGGUGGCGUCGUGAUUGCAGGAGCAGAAGGUGUAGGCGGAUACAUUGCCGCAGCCGGCCACUCGUCAGACCUUUCAGUCUGCAUUCGCAGCUUCGGCCUCCUCAAAGCCCAUCAUCCACCUUGGGGGAAUCUGCAAAAGUCUGUGCUGGUGCCUGUGCCAAGGUGCUCCUCCCAGGAGCUACGUUCAGCCAGAGCCCGAGCCCAGCGCGCCUCUGUCGCCGACGCCUCUGUCGCAGAGUGCGACAGGCAUGUAUCCCGGCUCGACAUGGGGUCACAAAGCGCGCCUCGCUCCCCGUUGGACCGGCCUUGGUUGAAGCCUAGGAUCGUCGCCCACAAUCUCGCUUGGCGAGAGGCUUUUGAUGGCAAGGACAAGUGGAGGACAUUCAUGGCCUCCUCGGCUGCAUAUUGA